CUUCUCCUCUUUUCUCUCUCUAUUGCUUUUUCUCUUGAAAGAUUCAGUUAUCUAUCGUUAAUUUGUUACAAGCCUAAAUCCUAUGAUCUACAUCAUAUACGAAAAGAAGCGUGGUCGGAACCAUCGAUUACAACAAGCUGCUGUUCGAUCCGUCACGUUUUUGUCCAUGAUACUGUUACUGCUUAUGUUUAUGGUCGACGGCGUUUGUGGCUCAUAUCCAAUGGACGUAAGCAUUGAAACGCAAAUACCGAUGCGUACCAAUGCAGCUUCUUUUGUACGUGGCCGUGCCAUGUACAUAUAUGGUGGCGAAGGUCGGGGCAAUGACAGCGCCACCAACGAUUUCUUUUCGCUCAGCUUUAACGCAGAAAACGGAGAUCUCAUAUAUGAGCAAGUGCCAGUUGCAUCCGAAGACAAGGGGCCACGUAUUGCUGGUGGAAGAGCUGUUAUUUUACCAGACAACAACACUGUUCUCCUGUUUGGCGGAUAUGCACCCUACAAUGAGAAUAUAACUGCUGUACAUCUUUUGUGCUACCAGUACACUUUUGACAACCAAGUAUGGGCGCCUAUUCCGGUGAAUGCUACUGGCGAAAUUCCAGAGGGUGCUCCAGAAUUACCUACCCACCGCGAAAGUCAUACUGCUACAUUAGGUGCUGAUGGUCUAGUUUAUAUUUACGGUGGCAUCCGCUCAAUUAGAGAUACAGCUCUGGUUGGCGACUUUUGGGCAUACGAUCCGUCAACAAGACUAUUUAGUAGGCGGGAGCUCAUCAGCAACAUUGUUCUGUAUGCACAUAUUGGUAUUCCCCUCCCCGAUGGAACCAUCGUAUAUGCCACCGGCCUAAGCGGCUAUGCAUGGAACUUUACCACUGAUCCGGAUAGUGCGCUUCUUACGGUUUCCGAGGGAUUACUUUUCAAUACUGCUGACGGUUCCUGGCAAGGAGUAGCAUUCGGUGGCAGCGAAGAAACGUUGAUUGGCGUCUCUAGUAGAGUAUUUUCUACGGCCGUUCUUGGUCCCGAGCAAAGAUACAUUUAUUUCUUUGGAGGUUCCGACCUGGUGGCUUCGUAUCGAAAACAUUUUCGCCGUGCUCUUUCAAUAUUAGAUACUCAAACAUGGAAUUAUACAAUCCCAGCAUCAGAAGGUGUGGGUCCUAGCCGAAGGGCAAUGGCAUGUGCUGCAAUACUUACGAAUGAAUACAUGGUCAUCGCACAGGGCGGUGCACGAUCUUACUAUUAUGGAGAUGUCAAUGUUGUACGGCUACCUACACUCACGACUAGUAAUGACCUCCCCCCAGAACCGACUGUACGCUGGGUGAGCAAUAUCAUUACCGGUGCAGCUGACGAUAUGGAUAGGUCAACGUCGGAAAGUGUCAGUAGAGGCAUCAUUGCGGCAGUUGUGAUCGUUUCAGUGCUAGCUGCAGCAAUGCUGGUCUUUUUGGCAUGGCGCUUCCGCCAUCGACUUCGUUGGCUGAUAAUCCGUAUCCAUAGUGAUAUUUGGAGUCCCCGGACCGGUGAACCACAUUGGGCUGAAAUAUCUCGUCUAAUCACUAAAGUAAUUCUCGCAUUCCUAUUUGUGGCGUUCUUUGUAUUUGUCGUCAUUCAAGUCAUGCAAAGUCCAAAGGCAACGUUUACAAUCACCGAAGUUGCAUACAAUGAGCAAGUGGAUAUACCCGAAAUCCGAUUUUGCUUUGAUGGCUACCAGCAAGUACCUGAUCUGAGCACCGGUGAGACUUUCCCACUGGUUAGCUGUGUAACUGAUGCUGGAGCAAUAUGCGAUGAAUACAUCUACCCACUCAACAUGUCAGACCAUCAGCCUUUCUUCUACUCUAAUCUCGGCGCAGUAACAUGCUACCUGUUUCUUCCGGACACGCUUCACCUCGCUGCUAAUGUAACUUUAGACUCGAAUAACGGAAGUAUGCUGCACUUUUCUUUCCACACAUCUCCAGCAGUGGCUCCGCAAGCGGGACGAACCCAUAUUUCAUUCUAUCCGCGAGGAAGGGAUCCGAAUCGGGCCAUUUACUUGGACGGGACCGAGCUUUACGAAAAACAGCUAUACACUGACGCCGAGCUCUCCGAUUGGGUCAUUGACGACUUUAAUGAUUUCCAUUCCGAGAAUAUUGUCGACGUCGAUAUUAACGAUGCUGCAUUUAUUCACUAUCAGCUUCAGGAGUAUCAGUAUCUUCAGAAUACCGGAUGGAAUUAUAUCGGUUUUUCACCCGUGCUCAACUCGACGCCAGAAGUGGAGAUUACCAGCAGAGUGCAGCCCAUGAAUCUGGAAGGUUACUCGCCUAUGAACGGUCAGCUUAACGAAGUCAUUGUCAAGCCAGCAUCAUUCAAUACAGUCCGCAUUCGGGAGCAAAAGAUCUACUCUCUGUUGAACGCACUCGGAUUCCUUGGCGGUCUUUUUGGCUUAUUCGUGGCAUUCCAAGCACUCAUGUUUGGCCAUCGACCGAAUUCUCCAUGGGGUGUCGUCCACCGCUGGUCCAUCGGCACAAUGAAGCGAUCCUUGUCUCGCGAAUUAACCUCUCGGUUUGACCUGCUGAAAACACCGGUACCGCUUAUGAACCCGGUGCAUCGACGCUUUUCAACCAUCAAUCUUAAGAAUUACGGUCCACGCGAACUUGAAGAUGUUGACUAUAUGGAUGCGGCAGAAUCUGGUAGCCUGAAUACUCCUGACGGCGUGACGCUGGCUCCUGGACAAGAAGAAUGGGACGAGCAAAAAAGACUUGAACAGGUCGAAGAGCGUAUGCAGCUGCUUGAGCUGUUGUUCAAGUCGUAUUACAUUGAUGAUGAAGUAUUUCGUCGUCUGGAUCGUGCGCUCAAAAGACCGGAUGUCAAACCUCCUUCUGUCAGUAAACGCGGCAUGUCGAACUUCUUGCGCGGAAAUGGAGUCGGGCUGCGCAGUCGAAAUAACGCUGCUGAUGACGCGCAUGAAUCACACAGCUGGCUUGCAACAAACGGUGGAGGCGGCCAAGAUGGUGCUACAUCAGAGGAGUUGCGACUUUCACCUGCGCCCUAUAUUCCACGCUUGGCAUCUACUCCGCAUUCGGCUUUACCUAUUCACGAACCAAACGAGAAUAUUAAUAACAGUACUCAAAAGCAAGAUUGAUGAGAAGAUGAUACUUUGUCAUGUUUCUAAAUAAUAAAUACUUU